CGAGCCACGAAACGCGGAAUCUUCAAGCUCUCAAUCCGCGCCUGCACAUCGAUACUUGAGCUAGUAACGCCUGUGCCUUACAAGUGUUAGGGCCAGCCGCUAGCACUCCAUGCUGCUGCUGCUAGGUUAGCACGUCGUGGUUGUACCUGGUGCUGCACCCUGGCAGCGCCUGUGCGGACCUUGCGGCCAACUGCCAAUCGCCAGCUCGCCGUUUUGAGCGCCAUCAUGGCUUUGAUUCAUCCAUCAUAUCAAAGGCGCCCAAAGCCAAUUUCUGGCCUGCGCCGCAAAGAGACUUUCGCACCGUACGGAGCACACUUGGUCGGGCCGGAGGGUACGACCCCACGCUACCAGACCGGUCCAAGCCCCGACAGCUACUCCGAAAGUGGCUGGACGGCGACAAGACGCGGGUCGCCGUGGAAAGCUUUGCAGCUAGCUGUGAAGCUACCUGGCCGAAUGGAUCGCGGAUCGCCCAAUGGCUUCGCCCACGGUACGUUACGGUGCUGUUGGUACGGUGCACAAUAUGCUAUCGCCGACCUGGUUUGCAAGGGGGCGACGACUGGAGGAGUAUCAGCAACAGCAGCAGCGGAGAGCAUCCGACGUGCCAGCUGCGCUUGUCCCGGCAAGCUGGGGCUCAGAGAGGAAAGCAUUGAAAGGGCAGAGAACAUGAGAACGGGGCAUUCGUUUCCUCAGCCAUGGGCAACAUAGGACCGUGUGAAAUGGCUGAGCAUGUUGAGCAGACCACCGUGUGUAUCUGCUUUCACCCCCCAGCCAUGCCAAUCCUGGGCCCACGAGCCUCUCCACCACCCCAAAUAUGAUACUUGUAUGUGCAGGCCCGCGACGUACCGACCACUACAGACGUACAGUAGGUACUCGUACAUGAGCGUGUUCCAUAUGGGCGACGGCGCUGCUGAGCAUUUUCGGUACCAUCUAUCUACUACGAGCAUGACUCUUGUGCCCGUCUCGAUUCUGAUGCAUGGCCUCUUGGCUUCUACUAAGGACACUGCACUCGCAACCCAACACCAUGGACAUUGCAGGCGCAC